GUGGAAUCAGUCGCCUAUGCCAUUCUUAUCUGUUAGGAGAGUAUAAAUCUGAUACAAAUAAUCAUAUACGUAGUGUUAUUAUUAAUAUCCUUAUCAGCAUAAUCAUUUCCUCUCUUUCAAUAUAAAGUGCUCUAUUUUUUACAAUUCAUUCGUACAAAGCAUCCUUAUUUAUACAUAAUAAUACAUGUUCUAUCUUUCCAUCCUGAAACUCCAUGUCAGAAACAGACAUUAAAAAAAGCAAUAAAAAACUGAAUGCAUAGCGCUACGCCAAUUCCAUUUGGAGGAGAAGGAUGAAGAAUCACACGACGAAAUCCCUCUCCCAAAUUUCACCAUUUUCUGGAGUCUGAUAAACAGGAAAUUAAAGGUUCCAAUUCGAGUUUCUCUUUUUCCGGGGGUCUGUAUAUAAAAGGAGAAAGGAGGGGAUUCAAUUGGGGAGAAGAAAACAGGCAUUUGAGAAAGCAAUUGGAAAAUCUGUUGGAGUCCUAAUGGUUUCGGAAGAUUAUUAUAUCUCUAAGAAGAGAGACGAUAUAUGUGAAGAUGUUUGUUGCCAGGUAUCCUUAUCGAUCCAUCCCCUUUUUCUCUUUACAAUUCUAUUUUUUAUUCUUUUUUCUAUAAUAAAUGCAUAAAUGAAUAGUUUUUGUUUGUUUUUUGGGGGCUGAGUACCAACAAUUUCUUGCUUAUUUAUGCAGAAUGAAGAACAACCAUUAUUAUAAUAAUAAUAAUAAUAACAGUCAUAUAACAUCAUCUGUUAAUGUUUUGUUGUUGGAGAAACUUUUUUUGUUUUCUUUUUCAUUUCCAUUUGCUUUUUCUUUUGUAGGUUGUUUUUUGUUGCAGCCUGAAGCUUUUUUUUGGCAAAUUGUAGCCCAAGCUAUAUCAAUGACAUCAUUUAUUUUAGCUAAUGUAACUUGUUAAUUGUUAUCAUUACUCUGCAAUAUAUUAGGGAACUUCAUUACUGCAGUAUUUUCAAUGUUUUGGAUAAGGUUUUAUGCUAUGUUGCAAGGAAACCCAAAAAACAUGGGGAAACAGGAAACGUCAACUUUUGCUCAAAAAAAGCUUAUUUGGAGAGUUUUCGUAGAGUUUCCGAAACGGAAACGUACUCUUUCCCAAGAGUUUUUGUGCUACAUAGGUUUUAUGUCGUGUCAAAAGAAAGAACUUUAACAAUCCCACCAAAGUUUGGGGCCCGUUUGGUUGAAGUCAUUAGCUUAAAUGACUGAAUCUUUUGAGCUUGAAACCUGAAAGGGAGACUAUGGCGGGAUAAGGUGGAUAAUGUUACUGAACGAAUAUACACAGUAUAAUUAUGUUCAUCUUAUAUAUGGGUAUGACAUUUUUCCUAUAUUACAUAGACGGGUUAGACACAAAAGGCUAAAUGGUUGGGGAGGUUUGUAUUAGUUAGAGCAGCCGAGUUAUGGUCGGCAUGUUACAACUUCACAAUAGUCGACCGAGCGAACACCCGACAGUGUUGACCCCAUAUUCAACUAGAGGUCCGCCAAGAACAUAGACCGGUUACAUUCGGCCACGCCCAUCAUUUUAUAUGCUCUGGAGCAGUGGCGUUAUGGCAUAGCGAGAGAGAAAUAAUGGUUUGCGCUAGUUGAAAGAAUUUUCUAGUAUAACGCUUUACACGAUUUUUUAACAUAUACUCCAGAACAGUGGAGUAUAUGCUCUGGAGCAGUGGCGUUAUGGCAUAGCGGAGUAUUACUUAUAUAAGUAGUAUUAAAUAAUUUUACCAAAUUUGGUAUGGUGCCCUUUAACUGCACCUCUGUCGCCUGAGCCGGAGGCCCUAACAACCCCGGAACAUGAAGCCUUUCCAAAUAAACCUCUAGUCAGCACAUCAGGUCGGGCAACAGUUGUCGUGCUAUUAUGGCAAACGACUAAGUCGCUCAACCGCUCCAUAACCAUUAUGUGCGUAGGUCUUUGCGCAAUUAGGGCACAGUAAGUGGGAAGGCUACAUACAUCUUACUCUAUGUGCUCUACAUAAAAGUUGUUCCACCCAACACAUGGUCUUGUAAUACACCAUAUCUGCCUAAAUUCUGGUCUAAUACUUGCAUUAUAGUUCUUGCUUUCCUCCACAUUCUUACUUACCAGUUUUGUAGCAUAAACUUUCUACAUCUAUGAUCGAAUACCGCUAGUCACUACAUUGUAAAAUGGAAUUGAAACAUUGUCGCUACUCACUAUAGUCACUAUAAAAAAUCUCCACAGUUACAGCCAUCUGCAUAUCUAGAAAAUUUGUAUAGGUUUUUGUACACGCCCCAGUAUUUAAAAAAUAUGUGUUGCGUGUAAAAAUGGCGUGUUUCCCUGACGUGUACACGAAGAAGGACUCGAGAAACAAUUAUCUUCAUUAGUUUAUUUUAACCAUAUGUACUUAUCACUAAUUCUGUUGGUGUUCUUGAACAGAGGGAUUCCCCAGGGGUACUGACCGUGUCAAGAUUGAAGUGCAUGAUCAGAGGAUUAGAUCUAAGGACGAUCAUAUUUCUACUUGUAGUGGUUCCAGCAAGUGUUCUUGUGAUUUUUGUACACGGCCAGAAGAUCACCUACUUCUUCCGCCCGCUAUGGCAGUCUCCGCCGAAGCCCUUCAUCCACGUCGCCCACUACUACCACGAGAAUGCGUCAAUGGAGACUCUCUGCAAGCUCCACGGCUGGGGAAUCCGUGAAUACCCCAGGCGCGUUUUUGACGCCGUCCUUUUCAGCAAUGAAGUCGACAUGCUCUCUAUCAGGUGGCAGGAGCUUUAUCCGUACAUCACUCGCUUCGUUCUUCUCGAGUCGAACUCGACUUUCACUUCUCUGCCCAAACCCCACGUCUUCGCGAUGAAUCGCGCCCGGUUUAGUUUCGUUGAGCCGCGGCUGAGCUACGCGACGGUCGGGGGAAGGUUCAGGAAGGGCGAGAAUCCGUUCAUCGAGGAGGCGUAUCAGAGAGUAGCUCUUGACCAGCUUUUGAGAAUCGCCGGGAUAGAAGACGACGAUUUGCUUAUCAUGUCGGACGUCGAUGAGAUUCCGAGCAGACACACGAUUAACCUUUUGCGGUGGUGCGACGACAUUCCGCCGGUCUUACAUCUCCAAUUGAGGAAUUACUUGUACUCCUUUGAGUUUUUAGUUGACCAUGGAAGCUGGAGAGCUUCUGUUCAUAGGUACCGGACUGGUGAAACUAGGUAUGCGCACUUCCGCCGGACUGAUUACUUGUUAGCGGAUUCCGGCUGGCAUUGCAGCUUCUGUUUUCGCCAUAUCAGUGAUUUUGUGUUCAAGAUGAAAGCUUAUAGCCAUACGGAUCGGGUUAGGUUUUCGCAUUUUCUGGACCCGAAAAGGAUUCAAGAUGUGAUCUGUAAAGGAGCGGAUUUGUAUGAUAUGAUUCCAGAGGAAUAUACUUUCAAGGACAUCAUUGGGAAGAUGGGGCCUGUUCCUCGUUCUUAUUCAGGAGUUCAUCUUCCUUCUUAUUUGCUGAACAAUGCUGAUAAGUAUAAAUAUCUCCUACCUGGGAAUUGCAAAAGAGAAGCUGACUAAUUAACUAUUGCUGACUACUGGUUGCACACACAUAUAUACAUAUAUAAACAUAUCAUGCCACAAAAUAUUGGUCCAGAUUUUCAUAUACAGGAGAAGUGAUUAGAUGUUUAGAUCAGUUGUUCUUUUUAACCUUCUUGCAUUGGCUCUUCAAGGACAAAUGUCUAUCAAAAUCUUCAAGCAAAGAUCUUGGCUUAGGCAAGUCUGAUGAAGUCUUUAGGAAAACAGGCUUACAUAUUAGUAUCUGUGAUUUGAAUGAUCUCAUUGUGUCAUACACAACUUCUAUGACAUUUAGAUGUCCAUUGUUUUGCUCUCUUAUUUAUACAGGGUAACAUGUAUUUUUACAUUACUAACAUUUGAUUGUCAAUUCUGAUGUAUAUUUUCAAGUCCUUUGCAACUAAAAGCCACUGUUUGAUGCUUUUUAUUCUUCUGCUGAAAUGUAAAGAACUUAGGCAUCUGAUCUCAGUUUUGGGUAUUAUUAUUUUCAGCCAUUUGCUCUA